AUGUGGCUGCCCGUUUUCGCCGUCGUCGUCGAGGCCCUCGCCCUUGCGCAGGCAUUGCCUACUCAAGGACCUCGGCCGUGGAAUCCGUUUACCAGCGACGAGCCGACGGCGCGCUCCGGGCGUCUCUCCCCUCGCUGGGACCAACCGCGCAGCCUGAAGAGCGCGGCGCAGCACGCGGGCUUUUCCAAGUUCGAGUGGGUGGACGGCUUUCUCGAGAGCGGCGACCGGCUUGCUCGCUCGUCUGCGCCGUACUACAAAGGCGCCGACGGCGACCAACGGUUGACGCCGGAGACGAUUGCGUUCCUCAAGCAGCAGAACAUCGGGCACAUCAUCAGUCUGAACUCGGAGGCGAAUAACCAGGCCAUCAAGGACCUUCUCCGGCGGAACAACAUCGCCUACACGCCGUUGCCCGUGAAGGACUUUUCCACCCCGACGCUCGAGGACAUGAAGACGGGCUAUGCGGCCUUUCGCGAGCACCGGGCGGGCACGCUGGUUUGGUGUGGCUAUGGGCAUGGACGCACCGGGACCAUGGUCACGGCUCUGCAGGUGUACAGCGAGCAUGAGAAGCCGUCGCCGAGGAAGCUGUUGCCGGGUGAUUAUACCAAGAACCACGUUGAGACGCCGAACCAGAUCCGGCUGUUGGACAAGCUUCAGCGGAGUCUGCAGCCGGGGGCGUUCAGACAGGCGGCCCGGAAAGUAGUCCAGGGCCUCCGGAACAUGGUGGCCAAGGCGAAGGGCCAGGCCACGGACGGCCACUUGACCAGGCCAAAGCUGCCGCCGAAAAAGGCGGGCGAGAAGAGCAAGCCGGGCCACAGGCCGGGGCCCAAGACGCCCAAGUUGGUGGCCGACGUGUGGCCGGCCCAGACGCCGUCGAAGCCGCUGAAAGACGCCCCCAAGAAAUUCGGCCACGGCAUGGCUGCUCAGAACUUGGGCAAGCCGUCGAAAGCCCCGGGCCUGGUGACGUCGAAGCCACCCGCGCAGCCGGGCAAGAAACUCGGCAUGGCCACCCAGGGGCCCGACAAGAUGUUCUUUGCCGGACGGAUGCGGCCCGGGAUGUACAUCGGCAACCCCAAGAUCAGGGUGCCGUGA